AGGAUCCCCAUGCAGAGGAGUUUGAAGACAAAGAGUGGACCUUUGUCAUUGAAAAUGAAUCGCCGUCGGGUCGUCGGAAAGCGCUGGCCACCAGCUGCAUUAACAUGAAGCAGUAUGCCAGUGCCAUGCCCACACAGACAGACGUCAAGCUCAAGUUCAAGCCGCUGUCCAAGAAAGUGGUUUCAGCAACACUGCAGUUCUCCCUGUCCUGCAUCUUUCUGCGAGAGGGCAAAGCCACUGAUGAAGAUAUGCAGAGUCUGGCCAGUCUGAUGAGCAUGAAGCAGGCUGAUAUUGGUAAUCUGGAUGAUUUUGAGGAAGAGAAUGAGGAAGAUGAGGAGAACAGAGUGAACCAGGAGGAGAAGGCCGCCAAGAUCACAGAACCAUCUCCUAAGCCCCAUGUGUGGUCCACUAUCAGAGAUCAAGAGCCUGUAUAUGAUCAGAACACCUCUUAUCCUUCAAACCCAUUUGAUGAGGCUGACAUAGAAAUGGACUCUCCUCAACAUGGCAACCCGUUUGAUGAACCUGAACCCGAACCCCAGCCUAAAGUUUCUCCACCCAGAAGCAGCAAGAGGAAGAAUGUCCGGCCGGUGGACAUGAGCAAAUACCUGUACGCCAACACGACCAAGACAGAGGAGGAGGAGCUAGAUGAAUCAAACCCAUUCUAUGAGCCCAGAUCCUCUGGUGCAGUCACAUCCGAGGUAGACAGCAGCAUCUCCGAGAAGAGCACCAAACGCCAGGCCCCUCUGCCUCCUAGUGCUGGACCCAACCCUGCUGUGGCCCCUGGAGGCCCUGUACCAAAGACCUCAGCUCCUGAAGGAACACCCACUCCACAGGCUCUGGCACCCUCAGCUGUCUCAGCUGUUAUAGGUAGAGAGUUGACCUCGUCCUCACCCAAGCCCAGUCCAAUUCCUAGUCCUGUUCUUGGUGGGAGGCCGAAUGCAAGUCAGUCCCUGUUGGCCUGGUGCCGUGAGGUCACAAAAAACUACAGAGGCGUCAAAAUCACCAACUUCACCACUUCCUGGAGGAAUGGACUGGCAUUCUGUGCCCUGUUACACCACUUCAGACCCGACUUAAUUGACUACAAGGCUCUCAAUCCUCAAGAUAUUAAAGAAAACAACAAAAAGGCAUAUGAUGGCUUCGCCAGUCUGGGAAUCUCUCGGCUUCUGGAACCGUCUGACAUGGUUCUACUGGCGAUCCCGGAUAAGCUGACAGUGAUGACGUACCUGUAUCAGAUCCGGGCACAUUUCAGCGGAGAGGAACUCAAUGUUGUGCAGAUCGAAGCCAACAGCAGUCGUAGCACAUACAAAGUUGGAGACUUUGAAACGGAUACAAACAGUUCUAUCGACCAAGACAAGUUCUACGCAGAACUUAAUGACGUUCACCAAGAGCCCAACAAUCAGGGUGCCGCAGCAACCAAUGGUGGGCAUGGUGUUAAAGAAGAGCAGGAAGUUAAGUCAGUCAUGACAGUUGGGGGAUGUGGUUCUCUAUCCACCUCCCCAGGGAAAGUUCUAAAAGAUGUAGCUCCAUCUUUACGGGCGACUACAGCAGACCGUGACUCUCCAGUAGCUACAACGAUCACUGAACCUCACCCACGAUCCGCCCAAAGCACCAGAACCAACCUGGAGACCUCCACCAGCCAACCUCCCGCUGCAGAACAGAAAAAACUCCUCAAAGCCGAUACACUGGACAUGGGUGAUCUGUCUCACAGGCUGGAGAGAGAAAAGGAGAGAGGGCAAUCAGGUGGGUUGACCGCUGCUGACACCAGAGACUCCAGGGAGCAGCACGAGACCCCACGGCCUGGUGAAAGACAAAUUGAAUCUGGGUCACCCACGUGGCAGACCAGGUCUUCUCUAACGAACACACACAAACUGGGCUUCACGUAUAACAGAGACACUGAUCUUAUCAAGAAGAAGAGAGCGAGUUUGCGCCACUCUGAAUCUGACAGCAGUGCCCAGACCAACCACACACACACACCUGCUAAACUCACACAGGAAGUCAUACCCGCCCCAGUGUCUAACACCAGUGAAGAGAAGAAGGUCCUGUCUCGUCAAGAGGAGCUGAAGGAGAGGGCCAGGCUGCUAUUGGAACAGGCCCGUAGAGAUGCUGCCAUGAAGGCUGGAAACAAAAGCACCACUAAUGCACAGUCACCUACACAAACUCCACAGAUUAUUGAUGAGCGUGAUGAAGAACGGCGCAGGCAGCUGCGAGAGAGAGCCAGGCAGCUGAUAGCGGAGGCUCGAUCUGGAGUAAAGAUGGCUGAACUGCCUCUCUAUACUGACUCCACCUCUAUAGCCUGUAGUGCAGCUGGGAACAACUUAAAAGGAAGGUCAAAGACAGCUGGAGACAUUGUGGAUGGGAUGAGUGUGGAGGGUGAGGAUGAGGAGAGCAGGAGUGAUAUUGAGGCGGCGGCAUCAUCUCAUGCUGAUGAUGUCACUCAUACUAACCCUGAGGAGGAACUGUCGUCUUCAUGUCUAAUGGAGGAUGAUUUUACUAACACUGCCAGUGACCUGGCCGCUCUGGGGAGGGAGAGGGAUGCUGGGAGACGAGAACAGGACCCACAUGAAAAGCUUCCUCACCUCACUUUCAUCUCUAGCCCAGAUGAGAGAAAGAGUGAGAGAGAGAGGGCAAGGCUAAACCUGCUUGUGAAAGGUGUGAUGAACAGCAGGCAUGUGGACCUGAAGCUCAAGAAGCUCACAGAGAUUCGGCCACAGGGUGGCAGCUCUCCUUCAUCUUCAUCAUCUUCCUCAUCGCUGACGGCAUCCAGUACUUCACCCCUUAGCCCUGAGUCAGGCGGCAUGCAGAAUAAUGUUGAUGAAUUGCAUGCAGAGCGUCUUCGCAGGGCAACGGAACGUCUGCGCAGUCCCGUUGUCUUUCACAAGGAGUCUGCAGUUAGGAAAACACAGCUCAAAUCAUUCAGCCAAUACGUAGAGACCAGGCCAGAGGUUAAAAGGCAGAGAUCAGUGCCUGAAGAUCUAAAGCGGGCAGCCGAGGAGAGAGGAGCUUUGACAGAGACAGAAGGACGAAAGCCAAGUGAAGAUGAAAAACCGUUCAAAGACACCAGUCAGUACGUGGUGGGAGAACUGGCGGCGCUGGAGAGUGAGCAGAGGCAGAUCGACACGCGGGCCUCGCGUGUGGAGAAGCGUCUGCGCUAUCUCAUGGACACAGGCAAUAAUAAGGAAGAGGAAGAAUCCAUGAUGCAGGAAUGGUUUACGCUUGUCAACAAGAAGAAUGCUCUGAUCCGCCGACAGAACCAGCUCUCUCUGCUGGAGAAGGAACACGAUCUGGAGAGACGCUUUGAGCUGCUGAACCGAGAAUUAAGGGCAAUGCUGGCGAUUGAAGACUGGCAGAAGACAGAGGCGCAAAAGCGCCGAGAGCAGCUGCUGCUGGAUGAGCUGGUCAUACUGGUCAACAAACGUGAUGCGCUGGUCCGAGACCUAGACGCCCAGGAGAAAGAGGCUGAGGAGGAAGACGAGCACCUGGAGAGAACCCUGGAACAGAACAAAGGCAAGAUGGCAAAGAAAGAGGAGAAGUGCGUUCUUCAGUGACGGUCAAAAAAGGAGCAAGAUGACAUACACUACAAAAUCUUGAAAUGUAUUUGUGUCAUAGAGACCACAGCAUACACCUUAUCAUUGUUGUUUUAAAUCUUCAUAUGUAGAUCUUUUUGUUAUCACUAAGGGCUUAAGAACUGCUGAAUGCCCCGAGAUGCAUCCUGUUUUAUUAAUACCUGAGAUUUAUUAUUUAACAUACACAAAUACAAAAACUUUAUUAUUAUUAUCAUUAGGUUUGGUUUGUUGGAUUUCACAAACAAGGUACUUAAGGAACUAAUAUUUGAGGAGAUGCAAAGCUGUACAAUUUCAAAAACUUUGACUAAAUGGUUAUAUCCAUUAUAAUACAGAUUAAUCUGAACACUAAGGCAUUCACAGCCUUCCGAAUGUGUUUCUCUUUCUUACAGGAAAUUAUUACUCAAAGUUUCGGUACAGCAUUUAACCUGGGACAUUUUUUUUAUUUGUGAAUAGGAUUGGGUUUCAAAAUCAUAUCACAUUUCAGUUUUAAGAAAAUCUUAUCAACAUGUUCUUCUCUCACAAGUGCUGAAAUGUUUUAAUUACUUAACUUUCUUAGUGUAGAAUAUUUGAGAAGGGGGACUUGUUGCGUUUAAAAUAUAUUUAGUGUUUUUUUAUGUUUAAUAUGUUUACCAAACAUGUUAGAGCUUGCUUUAGUGAGAGGAGUGAAAUACUGCGAGUGCAUAUAAAAAAUAAACGGUCAUGUUGUACAUUUCAUUUUACUGUUGGAGGCUUAAAAAAGCUUGAAAAAAAAAUUUAUUUUCAGAAGCAGUCACGAUCAGUGUAAUUUAUUACCAUUUGCUUUUAUUAAAGUUUGAGACGUUUUUAAAGUAACCAUCUUCACAAUCCUGUACAUUUGCUCAAGGACUUCAAUAUUUAUUGUAUAGUUUAGAAGGGGGGCUUUUCUUGUCUGCAUAUUUCAGUUUCAGGUCUUUAUUGUAUGAGCAUCACCUGUUUAUUUAUUCCACUAUAAAUAUCACUGUUCAAUAAAAUCCAAAUGAUUUCAUACUCGAAUUAAACACUUCGUGUGGGUUUGGUUACUAAUGGAUUUGGCCUUGUGCCCCUACAGCAAAUGUUGUGUGCCAUUUUUUUUAAGCUGAUACUGAAUGAACCUAGAAUUAAAAAUGUUU